AACUUGCCAUCAUCAUUUUUAAUCUUACUUGUUGUAUGUACCUGAAUUUAUAUUUGUUGUGUUUUAUUUUUCAAGGCUUGAAGUAUCUGUAAGCAGUUUUAAUAACUGAUUAAUUUAAUUAUAAAAUUACCAUACAAUCUUAAAGAUUAUUGUGGUAAUUAUUAUAUAAAGCUCAAUAUGACCAUGGGCGAUAAAUCACUUUAUGCUAAGCUCAUAGUAGAUGUUGUUAUUGGUCCUAUAUUAGAAAAGUUAGAGAAAAAAGAUAUAUCAGCAGCAAAUACUUUGAGAUCAGCUUUUGCAAAGGCUGAAGGAUCACUACCAGGAUUAACAUAUGAUUUUUUAUGUGAUUUAUUACGUAAAGCAGAGAUAAGUGAUAAAAUUGAUGUGUGUGAAACAUUAUUAAGACUAGGUGGUAGACUAGAUACAGAUGACUUUCGCAUUCCACGAGCUGAAUCAAGAUUCCAAGAAUUAAACCAUUGUUCUACAGAAUUAAAACGUGUUCUUAGUAAAAUACCAGAUCAAAUAUAUGACAGAAAACUAUUUUUGGAAACAAUCAAAGAUAUAGCCAAUGCAAUAAAGAAACUUUUAGAUGCUGUGAAUCAAGUCAUAACAGAAAUUCCAAUUUCAGACAAUGGAAGUGGAAGCAAACAGAUAUUAGAGGACAGAAAGAAAGAAUUUGUAAGAUAUUCUAAAAGAUUCAGUAAUACACUGAAAGAAUAUUUCAGAGAUACUAACCAGAAUCAGAAUGUUUUCAUGAGUGCCAACUACCUGGUCUUCCAGACAAAUGUUAUAUUGAAAACAGUAAAACAGGAAUGUUGUUAGGUCUAACUAACUAUAUGUAUGUAAAUUGCAAGUGGUUAUAUUAAAUUCUUAUGUUUUUACUUAUAUCAUGGUUAAUAGAAAUAAAAAUACUGCAAUAUGAUAUGGCAUUGAUACUUGGUCAAAACUUACAUUAGAAGGGGAAAAAUUAUUGACAUUUCAAUUGAGAGUUUGACUGAUAGGGCAUUCUGUAGAAUAUGUAAAAAUUUCAUUGUAUACUCUUCAAAAAAAGAAACGCAUAGUGACAUUUCAUCUUCGGGAUAUCCUCAGUCUACCAUCGCCUUGUUGCAACAGGAACCGCAAUUCGUUGCUGAACCAAACUGUUCUCCAGCGUUGCUGUGGCCAUACCCUGUGUGUCUAAACCCAUUGAUGUCAGGACAUCUGGCUUAUAUUCUGGUUUUACGUAGGUGUUUAUGGACUGUCUGGUCAGAUCCUACGCCGUCAAGGAAUUGCUGCUGCAGUAGAGGUCACUGUUGUGAACCGUUUCCGCAAAUGACGUAACUGGAUAUGACGAUCCAGUGCAGGUGGGAUCACACUUGUUUGGCCUGAGCUUGGGCAGUCACAUGAUGAACUUCGCUGUUGGUACCUAUCCCAAAGGCGAGAAAUGGUACAUUCAGCAGCCUGGCUACAUCUUUUUGGGAUUCACCUGCUUGUAACCGACUGAUAGCAUGGUUGCGUUGAUCUGCGUUCAGAUGUGGCAUCACUUUGCUCGUUGAGUGUUUACAUGUGCAACUGAUUUUAAAACCGAGACAGCCAGGAUUUUAAAGGCCUUAGAUUUGGGUUUCAUGCGAAAAGCUUGCGAAGUAGUUGAACUCGUGUUUUGGUGCAAUCAAGUGAAAAUAAAUUUCGGCAAAAAGUAUGACCUGUCACAAAUAGUGACCGUACAUUUAAAACCAAUAAUGAAUUUCUUUUAACCAUACAUAAUGACAUUAAAAACAAAUGAUGAAAAAUGGGCUGUAUGUUUCUUUUUUUGAAGAGUAUAUGAUAUAAUAAUUUUGUGUAUUACAUGUUGAACUAGAUAGUUUUGUUAUUGAAGACUUAUGAAUGAAAUCUUGAAACUCUGGAUCACUGCUUUGGCUUAUUAUUUAGUACCGAUAAUAAUUUCAAUUUAAUCUAUAGUAAAUUUGGAAUAUAUUUCUGAAAAAGUAGACCAGUUGUCAAUUUCUUACAUUUUGAUACCUGUUUUGUCGUUUUUACACUUGUACAGUCAAAUAUCAACGGAAAACGUGUUUACUGUUCGUGGAGAAUGGUUUUAACCUUAACCUGUAAUAUUCGCAUAAGCCAGACUUGAAACAGAUCAGCCAACUUAUAAGUAGUUACCGGUAGAUCUUCAUAUAAUGUGGACCAAUAUAUGCUUAAAAAUCAAAACAAAAUUAGAUGGAAUCCAAACAUUCUACUGAACCACUUGUAGUUUACAUAUAUAAUAGUUGUACAGAACAUUAUGGGAUAUAUAUUUAGACAAAUUAUAGAAAUUACUUAAAAUAUCCUUCUAUUUAUCAGUUCUUUACUCUGAUGUUUAUGUUUUAUAUAUUUUUGUUUAACAUUGUUCUAUGUUAAAAGCUGUAUAUUUCAUUGUUAAAUUAAUCACAAUUAUAUUUUCAUAAAAUUAGUUGAAUACACAUAUCCAUUUCUAAUUUAAUUAAAUUUUUAUAGAAUUAUUAUAUUAUCCUUUGUAUCAAAGUCAAAUUGUCAUCAACUUGUUAGAACCACAGACAAUGUGAAUUUAUUUAUACUCUUUCAUUCCUAAUCCUACCCCAUCAAUAGUUACACAUUUUAAUUUGAUUCAGAUCAUCUUUCAUUAGACACUUUCAUGUUUUCAGUUUCUAUAUGAAGCUCCUCUUUAUUCUGUAAUUCUAUGUAUUCAUUGUUACCUUGACUGACAAUUUGUUCACAGAUUGACUUUAAUUUCAUGAUGGUUAAUUCAAAGACUGGUAUUCUCUAUUGAACAGAAUUAGGCAUAAGUAAUACAGUAGUAUAUCUUAAAAACCUUUAGCCCAGACAAAUAUACCUUUAAACUUGUAGUCUAGAUUAUCAUACAAUUAUUAACUUUGUGAAAGAAUAUUAUAUCAUUUAUAUAGAAGGUGAGCAUUAUAGUAUUGUAUAUUGGGACACUGAGAGUAAGAUGUGUUUCAAACUAUAACUUUAACAUUUACCAAGUUCCAAAUUUAUCAACAAAUGUUUUUAUUAGGCAAUUAAUCUGAUUUCACCUUUUUGUGAUUUUCAAUAUAUGCAAAUAUGAGUAGAAUUACAUUCAGAUAUGAGUAGAAUUACAUUCAGAUAUGAGUAGAAUUACAUUCAGAUAUGAGUAAAACUAUUUUACCUGGGGUGUCUUAGUAUUCAAAUCUUUUCUGUUGUUUUCAUUGGUGCUUUGAACAAAUCUAUCCAUCCUAAUAUAUAUUAAUGCGGACAUCUUUACGUGUUGCUUAGAAUUGUAGAUAUUGGUCAUAUAUUAUAUAUAUAACUUCAUUUCCUCAUGAUAUGUACAUGUAUAACUCAUCUGGGAAUUGGUCUUACAACAUAAAUACCGAUAUAAAUAUAUCUCUGAAACCAAGGUUGGUCUCACAAAUAGUUUAAAUGUCAAAUAGUAAGUUCACGUUCUGCUUUAGAUGGUAAUCAUAUAUUAUCUAGAUUACUUAUAGCUAUGAUGAUUCAUUAUGAAAUUUUAAACAUGAUUUAAUUUUUUUUGCGUGACAAUAAUGUCAGAAUUUCUAAUUAUUGUGAGGUUUACAUUUACAUUAAUACCAUGACACAUUGUUUGGCAGUCUGGAAUCCUCAGGACACAUCAUUGGCUAAGCUAGAAUCCUCAGGACAAAUUGCUAGGCAGUCUGGAAUCUUCUUCCUUUUCUGUGGCAUUUUACCCAGUGUUCAAGACAACAUAUUGAAGAAUUGUGUGGGAGAAAGAAGUAUGUUUGAUGGAGUUGAUCAUUUUUGUUGAUAUUUUACAGUAGUGGAAAACAAACCUGAUUGAUCACAGGAUAUCCAGUUGAUCUGAGUGUUCAUGUUGACUGAAGAUUGUAGUUAAAUUUUAGCACACAUUUAAUCGUGCACAAAUAUAUGCUCCUUUAAAUAUGAUUGAUUGAUAUCAUUAAUUAAGUUAAAAGUAGAAAAUGUCAGCAUCCACUCACAAUUGCCAUUAAAUGUUAUGUAUAUAACUUAAAAUUAUCACUUUUAUGUGGAAGUCUUUACAAUUUCAAAGAGAACAUUUUGAGUUUGCUAUAUUGCAUUAAUCUACAUUCAUUUUUAUACUCAAAAUAUGAAAAGGGUUUACAUGUUAUCAUUAGUGGUGGUAUAUACAUGUAAGAUUUCUCUGAAAGCUGGUGGGUACUUCAAUCAAUUUGGGGCCCUGCACAAGCGCAAUCAAAAAUUUUUUUGUGUGGGGGGGGGGUGAGGGGGUGGGAAGAUCCAAAAUUAUUGGUCAGUUAUUUGACAGCCCAAAAAUGGGGGCCACAAACCCUUAAUACCUGCAAGACAUUAUAAUGAUUUAGACACAAAAAACUAUUAGUUAUACAAUUACUAAUAUUACAAUUAGGAAGUGCUAAAUAAUUAGACAAAAUAUUAUCAAUAACACUAUUAAUGUUCAUUUUUUAUUAUAUAAAGAUUUAAAUAUAUAAUUUUAUCACAUGUUAUAUAUCAUCUGUUUCCUUAAUUCCAAUAAAUAGAAUACAUGAUAAUGUUAUGUGUACAUAUAUCUAAUUAACAUAUAUAAAUAUACAUAUAAUGAUAUAUUAUAUUGUAAUAAAUAUAUAGA